GCAACGAUCAGCAGCAAGCAAAGCAAUGGCGUUGGUACGUCCAAAAUUAAUUUGAAUCCCAAAAUCGUGGCAGAGAGAGAGAGAAAAAAAACUGUCUUCUCACCGUUUAAUAAGUAACACACUUUCUUACAAAUAAAGGCUCAUCCUCUCUCUCUCUCUCUCUUCUCUUCCCUCUGCAGCAAACAAGUGAGUUGCUUUGUCUCAUUCACUCAGCUACUUCUUCUCCAUAUCUCCACCUAAAAAUGCAACCUCUACCCCUUCUUUUUUGUUGCGCCCUUUUUUCUCUUCAAUCAUAUACACAGUAUCAGGUGCCGAUGCAAGUGUAGUUUUGCUUCGGUGUAGAUCUGACCCAUGUGGGGAUACCAGGAAAAGAAAGGAUUUUGAUUUCUGGGUUUUGUUUUUUGGUGCAUUGGGUCAUUGGAAAAGUGGAGAGAUUGUUGUUGGUGUCAUGGGUUCCAAUGGUAGCAAAGCCACUUCUUCGUAUUUAAGUAGUUCUUCAUCGUCUUCUUCGGGGAGUUUAAGGAAGGGUCGAUCUAAGGGCCUUAAAGUUUUUCAAUCUUGUUGUCUUGGAACAACUUCUGGUUCUCAAGACAGUGAUAAUGAAGACCAGGUUUGUGAUCAGAAUAAAGUAAAUGGCAGUGAUGCUACAUAUGCUGAUGGCAAUGGCACAGACUCGGAUGAGGUGAAAGCGGAGUCAUUUAGAAAGGUUAAACCUGGGGCAAUGACUUGUAUGCCUUCUAACAUAGGCCUUGAUGGAUGGGGAGAAACAAGCAUCCCCAACACUUCAUCCAGAACUGGAAGCAGCUCUAUCCAUACUUCUUCAACUCAUUCCUUGAACCCUACAAGUCAUUGCCUUUCUCGGUUUAGCCUCAUUCCUGGUAAUGUAAGCUUCAGACUUAGCAGAACCACUAGUUUGGGGUCAUCAAGUCCUCGUCCUGUUUCUUCUGCCAAUCUCUCAAUAUUUGACAAUGAAGAUGAGCAUAAUCUCCAUCCUGGAUCUCCUGGAUGUUUGAUUAACAGAAGUGUAACACAACAACGUAGUAAUUUGCUUCCUGCAUCUUUUUUCAAUCAAAUACAUGCACAAUGUCAUGAAGACGCUUCUAAUAAUUCAAGGUCAAAUGUCCCGACAUCAGGCAUACUUCGAAACUUGCAGAGCAAUUCCACAGAUGGAGUAUGUACAAGAGAAGGGCCAGAUGUGAACUUACUUUCUCCAAGAAGUCAGACCGCGACAGAAAAUGUUGACAAUGACACUACACAUAUUGAUCAACGAAAUGGUGCUCGAGAACCAGUUGAACGGAAUUUUCAUUUUAGCCGAACUUUAAGUGUUGGAAGGCUUCGUGACAGAGUUCUCCGUCGAUCAACAUUAUCUGACCUCACCUUUUUCCCUUUGCAACAAGAGACAGAGCUGAGAGAUGCUAGCCUGCCUAGCCAGGAUAUGGACAGGCAAGCAGUGGAGGGAAAUUCAAGAGUGUCACCAUCUGAUCAUAGUACCAUUAAUUCUUCAACAAAUAGAUAUCCUCCAUCUAGUAUGUCUAACUCCAUGUUUAGCAUCCAAGAUUAUGAGGGUGAGACUUCAGGAUUGAGAGAAGGUAGGUAUCAGGAUCUACUGGAGCAUAGGUCCAAUUUCCUUGAACGGAGAAGAAGAAUACGGUCCCAGGUUCGUGCUCUUCAGCGAUUGGGUAGCCGGUUUGAAAAUCUUUCUGGACAUGAUAGAUCGUGCAUCUUGUCUGGUCAACAUAGAAAUGGUCAUUGUACAUGCCGAAUCAAUAAUCGUAACACUAAUUCAAAUGAUGAUACUGGUGCUAGAGCUAGCAUAUCAAGAAUUGUUAUGCUUGCUGAAGCCCUAUUUGAGGUUCUAGAUGAAAUUCACCACCAAUCUGUUGUUUUAUCUUCCCGCCCAUCUGUAUCUUCUAUUGGAUCUGUUCCUGCACCUAAUGAUGUUGUCGAUUCCUUGCCUGUCAAGUUAUAUGAGAAGUUGCAUAAGCAUCAAGAGGAUGCUGCGCAAUGUUAUAUAUGCCUUGUUGAGUAUGAGGAUGGAGACAACAUGCGAGUACUACCGUGCCAUCAUGAAUUUCAUAGAACAUGUAUAGACAAGUGGCUGAAGGAGAUUCACAGGGUAUGCCCACUUUGUCGAAGGGACAUAUGCAUAUCCGACUCAACACCAACAGAGAACUCGAGUUGCUAGUUGAUGAAUAUCCCUUUGAAACGUCCUCUGUCACUUGCCUUUUCUGCUGUGAAUAUUAGAACUUCACUCCUUUUAUGCUGAAACUACCAUUGUUGUCAAUGAUUAUUUACUGUUAUCGCUGAAUAAACAUCAAAUCCAUGGUAGAGAUAAAAAUGACCUGCUUAAGGGAGAGGACAAAAGGUAAAAGAAGGUUCUUAAAGGGUCCUUGUGUUGUAUCCUAAAAUUUUUUAUUUAUUUCUUGGCCCUUGUGUUUCAACUGUUGUCUAAGUUUGAGAAUGGCUAUUAAGGUUACCCAGACCUUGUUGAACA